AUGCUGGAAGAAUUCGAGCGUCUUGUUAGGAUUCCUAUGAAGAACAAGCCACUGUUUGAAAGGGUGGAUGAAUCUUUUCCACCUGAGAUCAUUGCUAGAGCACUUCACAUGGACGAAAGGGAAGCUGAAGCUAACCUAGAGGUCAAAGGGAAUACCAAAGGGUUUUCGCUAAGCUUUCUCUUGGAAAGAGCACAUACCCUACUAAAAGCAGAAAUUUGGGACGCUUGUUACUCUACUAUUGCAUUGGCUAUUUAUGGCAUCAUCCUGCUCCCAAAUAUGGAUGGUUUCAUAGACAUGGCUGCUAUUUGCGUCUUCCUCACCGGAAACCCAGUACCCACCUUGUUAGCUGAUGUUUACUAUUACAUGAGCCAUAGAACAUCUCCGAAGACAGGUGUUUGGGUAGAACAGACAGAUGCUAGUUGGCAUCAGAAGUUGGGGUCGCUCCGAUCCGAAGAUCUUUCUUGGUAUUCCAAAGAAUAUAUCAGCAUGGACAUCAUAUUCAGUUGUGGAGACUUUCCUAAUCUACCACUUAUUGGAACUCAAGUAUGUGUAAAUUCUAACCCGGUUCUAUCACUAAGACAGCUUGGGUACCCAAUGGAAGGCCCUCCAGAUGCGAGGUAUUUGGAAGCCUUCUUGUUUCUUGACUUUGGAGUUGAGAAUCCUAGCUUGUUCCAACAAAUCAGAGAGGCUUGGAAGAAUGUCAAUCAAAAAGGGAGAGCUGAUUUGGGAAGAGCUAAUGGGAUUACAGAGGAACCCUAUUUUCAUUGGGUAAAGGAAAGGGCCGAGGUGAUCAAAAUACCAUUCGUCACUCGGAUAUCUGUACCUCUUCCCGAACCUAAACUCACCCAUAUCCCUUUUGAAGAGGUUGAUGAACUCAAGACUACCAUGGAAAAAUUAGAAAGAGAAAAUGAAGAGUUGAAGUUAAAACUCCAACAACUCAUCAAUGAGAAAAACACCAUGAAAUGGGAACUUGAGAGAAAGGAUGUGCAGCUCCAAGCAAAUGUGGAAAAGUUUAACAAAGAGGAGCAUAAGAGGAAAAAGAUCAAAGUUGGACUAGAACAAGCUGACCUUUGUCUAGAUACUCUUAAGGGUCAAUUGCGGAAAGCCCAGAAAGAAUGA